AUGGCCAACGCACUUGGGCUUCCAGGGCAAGGACAAGUCGGCCGUUUGGUUGUCAUAGCCUUUCUUUGGAAGACACUGCUUCUCGCGCUUGCAGCCUUUUGCCCGGGCCCUGGUUACGACACAUCUGCUCUGAUAUUGCUAGACGCGAGCGCGCAGCGCCACAACCACUUCAAUGACACGACGCGCGGCGGGCGAUUGAUCCUGAAUUUGCUGCGAUGGGACGCCUUGUACUUUGUCAAAGCCGCUGAGCGGGGCCAGAUCCACGAGCAAGCAUGGGCGUUCAGCGGGGCAUACUCCCGUCUUCUGGGCCUAAUCGGUCAACUGAUGAGUGGAGGUGCAAAGCCUCCGUUUCACUACUACGUUGUGGCUGGCAUCGUCCUUUCCAACGCUUGCCAUGUCCUCUCUGCGCUAGUGCUGUAUCGCCUCUUGACGCUGAUUGUGGAACCGCAGCGGCGAAAAGUCAUCCCAUUCAUUGCAGCUGUCUUGCAUGUCUUGACGCCAGCGUCCCUGUUCAUGUGUGCGCCAUACGCAGAGGCCAUGUUCUCUCUUCUUAAUUUUUCGGGUAUGCUCUUGUACGCCCAAUCCAAGGCCAUGGCUGGAACUACCGCGUUCUCUUUCCAGGAGGACAUACAGAAGCUCGGUGCGGGUCUUUUCUUUGCUGCUGCCACGCUCACGAGGAGUAAUGGGUUGCUUAGCGGCAUCAUCUUGUUAUACGAUGUGGCUGGGUCCCUCGUCAAUCUUACGUCUGCGCAGCGCAGCAUUCAUGAUUUCAGGCGGAUGCUCGUUACAUGUCUAGCCGGCAGCAUGAUAGCCGUGGCCUUCAUCGGGCCGCAGUAUCUAGCAUAUGCCGAGUUUUGUAAUCCCGAGAGUGACGCGGGAAUCCGGCCAUGGUGUGAGCGGAGCGUGCCGAGUAUCUACUCGUGGGUACAAAGUCAUUACUGGAAUGUGGGACUUUUCCGCUACUGGACUGUAUCGAAUUUGCCUCUGUUCAUGCUAGCAGCACCGAUGGUAUGGCUCCUGUUGACCUCGAGUGUGACCACUCUCCGCAGUUGCGUUCAGCGCUUGUUGCAUCAGCCUACUGUUCCUGGAGCUGGUGGAACGAAGGUUUCUGGGGAUAAAAUCUCUGCGGUAUGCACGCUGCCUGAACUGGCACUCCCGCAAUUACUGCUGGCUGUCAUGGCCGUCACGAGCUUCCAUGUUCAGAUUGUGAAUCGGAUCGCCUCAGGCUAUCCAAUUUGGUACCUCGUCCUUGCGACUUGGGUGGCAGACUCGCAGCGUGCAAAGGAUCAUUCGCAAAGAGCGCAAUGGUUUGUUCGUGGUAUCAUCGUGUAUUCCCUAAUCCAGGGAGCGCUGUUUGCAAACUUCCUUCCGCCUGCUUAA